UUGUUUCACUUAAGUCUAAUUAAUUAAUUCCCGCCCAGUUACUAUUCGAAAGCUUUUGAUUUUGGGGAUUUUUUUGUUUUUAGGGUUUCGAAUUCAUCUCGAAUUUCAAAAUUGUUCUAAUUUUUUUGCAGAUUGCGAUUUAAAGAAAUUUCAAAUUGGUCCUCGAAUCGAAUUGAGCCUCUAGUUGUUUAGAAGAAAUCAUCUAUAAUGCCGAAGAGAAAAGCAAAGGAGUGUGUCAAACCCACUGAAGAAGAUAAGGACGAUGACAACAAGCGAAUUCGAAGAGAAGAGAAGAAAGAAGACUUCGUCGACGAAGAAGUUGAAAGACAAAUCGCUGCGAUUAGGGCGAUCCGUGAUGUUGAGAUUGAACAAACUUUAACUGCAUUGAGGUUGCUCCGUUCAUAUUUUACUAAAGAACAGCUCGAUACACCUGUGUUGGACUUCUUCAAAGAGAAUCUUCCGGAUUUGUCUAUAUCGAGAAACGAAGAAACUGGGGAGAUUGAGUUGAAGUGGAAAGACAAAAAUGGUGAUUCUUCGGAUGGCGUUGUUGACAUGAAUUAUUCUAUUCUUAAACGCUUGUCAAUGGGUUUAUACACUAAUAGGCCUUCUCUUGGUGGCUGCUAUGAUUUACCUGAUAACGUGAAAGCAAGCCUGUUAGGUACUGAUAACCCACAGCUCGAUAAUCUUGUUUUCCAGGGGACAUCUGACAACCAUAUGCUUGCAAGCCAUGCUGCUUUUCAGACUCCUGGGGUAAGUGGGCAGAGACUCUCUUUUGGAAUGACACCAAAGACUCGGAGGCUACCAAAACCUGGAGAAAUGAUGCUCUCUGUGCAUGGCUCUCCUUUGGGGGUCUACAAAGAAGACCACAACAUUGGAGCUAUAAAUGAGGAAAACAGUUGAAGAGCUUCAUAGAUUCAGACACUUUUGGAUUGUGAUGGUUUACUCUUCAAGUUGUAGGAUCUACUCAGAUUCCAAAAAUGCGGCGAUAUAUUUGUUAUCUGUGUUCUUUCGCAUACUAUGGUAAUUGAAGUCUUUAGAACAACACAACCAUAAACGUUUUGUUUAUAAAUAGAUUGAACUUUUUAGUUACAGUUUACCAAUUAAUUACAAGACAA